AGGAAGGAAGUUUGUGAGUGAUCGAUUUUACGCCGGCCUCAUACAUUUUCAACGGCAUUUUUCUUUGUUUGCCUUUUAUCGCGAGGACAAUAUCGUUAAAGCAUUCGCGCGCCCACGUUCAGCUGUUGAAAUGGCGAACACGUUUCGCGGAGUGAUAAUCUCCGCUGUAAACAAUGACGGCUCCCUGACGCCGAAGUUCAACUUCCCUACGAACGUAAACGUGGAUUACGAUCCACAAGGGCUAAGUGUUAAAGUGAUUCGUGCUGAUCCUGUGUUGGCACAGGAGGUGCUAGAGUUUCCCGUCCACAACCAGAGUGAGUGUUCGCGCGUAGUCGGCCAGUCGUAUAUUUUCACUAUCGACAAUGAAACUUUAUUUUUCAAGUUCGCAUCGGAGGUAGACUGUCAGAAUUUUCACCUGCUCGUCAGCAAGAUCAAAGCGGGCAGGUCAUCGUCCGUGUUCACGGUCCGGACCGAGGAUUCAUCGGCGAUGCAAUAUUUCCAGUUUUAUGGUUACUUGAGUCAGCAGCAGAAUAUGAUGCAGGAUUAUGUCAGAACGAGUACUUACCAGCGAGCUAUAUUGUCUAACAUCAACGAUUUUAAAAACAAAGUUGUAUUGGAUGUUGGUGCUGGAUCAGGUAUUUUAUCUUUUUUCGCUGCUCAAGCGGGCGCGCGGAAGGUUUAUGCUGUGGAGGCUAGUAAUAUGGCGCAUCACGCUCAAGCGUUAGUUCGCGCCAAUGGGCUUAAUGACCGCAUCACGGUCGUGGCUGGCAAGAUUGAAGAGAUUGAGCUACCGGAGAGUGUUGAUGUUAUAAUUUCUGAACCUAUGGGCUAUAUGUUAUACAAUGAACGCAUGUUAGAAACCUACUUACAUGCCAAGAAAUGGUUGAAACCGAAUGGUAAUAUGUAUCCUACGAGAGGCGACUUGCAUAUAGCCCCUUUCACGGAUGACGCAUUAUUCAUGGAACAAUACAACAAGGCAAACUUUUGGUAUCAAACAUGCUUCCAUGGAGUAGAUUUGAGUGCUCUACGCACUGCAGCAAUGAAGGAAUACUUCAGGCAGCCCAUUGUUGAUACAUUUGACGUACGUAUCUGUAUGGCACGCUCAGUGCGACAUGUGGUGGAUUUCCUAAAUGCUCAUGAAACUGACUUGCAUCGUAUUGAGGUACCAUUUAGAUUUGAACUGACUCAGUCUGGUACGUGCCAUGGCCUGGCAUUCUGGUUUGAUGUGUUAUUCGCAGGAAGCACACAGCAUAUAUGGCUCUCCACUGCCCCUACAGAACCUCUGACACAUUGGUACCAAGUGAGAUGUCUGUUAGAAACACCAAUUUUUGCAAAACAAGGUCAGGCAUUGACAGGACGGGUGUUACUGCUUGCUAACAAGAGACAGAGUUAUGAUGUGACUAUGGAAGUCAAUUUGGAGGGUACAAAUAUCUCUUCGUCUAAUACAUUAGACUUGAAGAAUCCGUACUUCAGGUAUACGGGUGCUCCAGCAGCGCCGCCCCCAGGGGUAAACACUACAUCGCCUAGUGAAACCUAUUGGAACUCAAUUGAGUCUACUGGCUCACUGAGCAAUGGACAGGGUGUUAUAUUGACUGAUGGGACACAGCAAUAUUGUUCCACACCCGAUCAGACUAUCGCAUACGGAACACAUCCGAACAUGAUCAAGACAGUGAUGUUGCAAGAGGAAUUCAUCAAGAGGAUUGGAAUUAGUCAAAAUGGCGACAUUUAAUCCGCGAAAACGCGCCGCGCGCGCCUUAGGGCUAUAAGGAACCGUAAUCGGUUGUGAACUCUCUUCCGUUCAGACAUUAUAGUGUGUAAGAGAACUUAUUUAUUUCGAAUGAAACAUCACAGUGACAUGUAUUCAGGGACAAAUGGCUGGCCUUGUAAAUUAGAGAAAGUGAAUGCAAUAAGAACUAUAGUUAUGCCUUUUGGUCUUAAGUUUUUGUUAACUUUGAAUGACGCUUACUAGUGUAAUUCGAGACACAUUCUGCAUGUACGAAACGAAAUAUACUUUUUUUUUGUAAAUAAUUUUGAUCCUGUUGAUGGAUUUGAAUCUUGGGCUGGCAGCUGUAGAGUAAGCGUAUAUAAGUGGGAAGUACACUUAGUAAUAAUAAGCAAUAAGUGCUGGAUUUUUAAUGAUAAUGCUUACCAUUGUCAAUACUCAUUUGUCAUUAGGUUCAGCUCAAUCAUGUAGGUCUUUGUAGGCAAUCUAUGAGCCAAGUCCACAUUAAAAAUAAAAUGUUAUGAUUGUCUAUGGAUUCCUUGUCUGCCGAUCAAAUAGAUUUGAGAUUGUGGAUUACACUGGCAUAAUUAUACAUUGCAUAUUUUUAUACAUAGUUUUGAUAGCCAUAAUUAUGUUAAAAAACUUAUGUAAAUAUUAAAUUAGGGUACUGUAGCUCCAAUUUUCUUUUUGAUUAUUCAUUAAUCAGUAUUUUUUGUGUUCCAUAUAAAUUUAAAGCAUCUCUAGAGCAAUAAAUAGUUCUUAGUUGUAAAUUUUUGAAAUAAAUGGCAACACCAACACAAGAUACGAUCAUGUAAGCUUAUUUGUUGUAAGUAUUCAUUAUCACAAUCAUUCUUUCAUGGAAUAAUGGUAGGAGGUAUUUGUUGUAAGUAAAACUUGCCUAAAAUAAUGACAAAUCCCACCAAAAUUACUGGAGCUCUUUUUUCCUUCUACAUUUGGUCAAUAAUAAGUAGUCAUUUCAAGAAGUUUGUAUAAUGGUCUAAAUAUGGAUGUAUAUAUAAUUGGAAGAAUAUUAAGCUGUCUCUUGGAAACAUUUCCAAGCAAUACAUUACAAAGCAAGCAAUACAUUGCACAAUACAUUUGUGGCAUUUAUAUUUCUGAAAAAUUUUCAUGAUCUUUUCAACUGAAGUAUGGCCUCUGGAGCUAAAGCUCUGU